AUGGCAUGGUCCCGUGAUGACAUGGGCUUUUUCCGAGAUGCCGCGACCGAGGAGGAGGCCUGCAUGAUGCGCGCCUUCGACCAGAAGGCAGGAUCCGAGGUGGCCGCGGCCUGGCGGCGCCUGGCGGAGCCCAGGCGAAAUCGUCUCGUCGACUUCCUGAACGCCGACGGCAUCAAGACCACGCCUGGAUUCCUCCUGUACAACGCCCCGGCUUAUCUGGACAGCGCCAAGCAGAACCCAGGCAACUUUCCCAUGGAGAUGACCUUCGAGGUCCUUUUGCAAGUCUAUGAGAGGGCGGCCAAGGAGUACGAGGGCUCGGACCAGAAGGUCAUCACCAUCAUGGUGGAUGAGCUCGCCAGCUACGCCAAGACCUGCACCGAUGUGGAGGUCUUCCAGUUUGUGAAGUUCGAGAUCGCCAGGACUCCUGGGCAGAAGGGGGACGUCAUGGGCAACGUGAUCAUCAGCCCGUGGCAGCUUCAGAACGACAAGAGCAAGUUGGACGAUUUGGAGAGCGACGCCGGACAGCUCUUCUUGGAGCUGACCCCGCAGACAGGAUUGAAGGAGAACCUCUACCUCAAGCACUUGCAGAAUCAGUUCCCGGAGCUAGGCUUCUUCCGGGAUCAGGAUGAGCCCACGAAGGCUCUGCUGCGCCAGACUCUGGCUCGGCUGCUGGUGGUCUACUGGACUGCCACGGAUCAGCCAGAGGCCUUUACGCGCGGCCAGGACAUCGAGCGCAAGCUCCACGACAGCUCUUGGGGUAAGAUCCGGGAACUCACCAGCUCCUCACUGGAGAGCGGCGAGGUGUUCAACGCUGUCUUGACUGUCAUGGCGGUGAUGGAUGUGGCGAGGCUGCCGAAGUUCCGGACGCAACUUGCGCCCGACUGCUCCACGCCUACGCAGGUGCUCAACCACGUGCUGAACAACUCGCCCAAGGUCCUUCCUUCAUUCGUGCGGAUGCCGCCGGAAGCACAGGCCCUGGCCAGGGACUGCUUGGUCUCGGAGUUCAUCUUCGCCCAGUUCAUCUGGGCGGAGAUCCCACCUGCAAGCGUGACCGCUGUGAAGACGAUGCUUUCGGACUCGCGAGCAAAGCUUGCGAACAAGACAAAGUACCUGGGUGUGUUCUUGUACUGCGUCUUCGUGGAGAUGCCAUGCACCUCGGCGCCAAGACCCAAUGUGGCCAUGGCGCGAUGGCUGCUUUGGGCUUCCUUGGCCUCCCGCGUGCGUGGGGACGGCCCGCUCUUUUCGACAAGCCCUCCGACCGCGGCCACGACCCGAGACCCUUCGCUGCCUGCGGCGCCUGCGGCGCCCGGGCAGGCCCGCAUCGCCGCAGGGUGCUACAGCUCCUAUGCUAUCAAAGAUGACGGUUACCUGUGGUCUUGGGGGAAAAACGACCGUGGCCAGCUCGGAACAGGAGACCUGAACGACCGGGCCGUACCAACUCGGCACGAUCUGCGGGCAGUGGAUGUUGCAGCAGGCUACUACCACGCCAUGGCCAUCGAUGAGAGUGGGGGUCUCUGGACCUGGGGCUACAACUUCAAUGGGCAGCUGGGAACCGGCGACGGUCUGGACCACGCAAGCCCGCAGCAGAUCUUCGCUGCGAAUGCCACAGCGGUGGCCGCAGGGGAAGCGCAGAGCUUGGCGGUCGUGAAUGGCAACCUCUACAGCUGGGGCCACAACUCGAAUGGGCAGACAGGCCGGCAGGGAGACCACAGUAUCCCUGCGCCAGUGGAAGGAAUGACCUCAAUCGUGGAGGUCGCUGCUGGAUUCUACCACAGUUUGGCACUGAGGAGCGACCUCAGCCUCUGGGCUUGGGGCCACAACGGUCACGGUCAGCUUGGGCGGGGCGACACAUCCGACAGCCACACGCCAGUGCCAGUGCUGAUCUUCUCGUCGGUCAUCGCCGUGGCAGCAGGCGACUUCUGUAGCUUCGCACUUCGCGCAGACGGCACACUGUGGGCCUGGGGUGCAAACGAGGAGGGGCAGCUAAACACUGGAGACAGGGAAGACCGGUCCAUUCCAACCCGCAUCCUGAACGGAGUCAUCGCGAUCGCUGCAGGGUCUAAGUCUGCCUUCGCAGUGCUUCAGAGCGGAGCUUUGGUCGCAUGGGGUGACAACACCAGUGGCCUUUUCGGCCCGGGCAUUGCCCUUGCACUGGCCGAUCAGGUGAAAACGUGUCCUUCCACUUUCCCUGCUUGCUAUCAUGACGGCGACUGCGUCGUAGAAGCAUGCCGCCAAGGGUGUUCCUGGGAACGCGCCCCCGGGAUGUCGCCAGAAGGGUCAAGAUACAACUACAUUGACGGCACAGACAACUCGGGAGCGACUUGUGUGUUGGACUACCCAGACACGCAGGGGCUACCGGUGGCCCUGGUUGCCAGUGGCUGCGCGCACAGCCUCUUCGUUUACAGCGAUGGCGCCUUGCAGACUGCUGGCCACAAUGCGCACUUUGCACUUGGGACGGCUGAUCCUUUUCAUUCUGGGUUGGUUAGCGUGUUUCCAACUGGAUCGAUCGUCACUUCCACUCGCAGUUUCACGUCCUCACCUGGCCAGGCUGUAAGCUUUGCUGGGCCGAAGUGGCCUCAGUGGACUUGGUACCAUCUUGGCCCCUUGUGCUGCGUCCUCUCUGCAGCUGCGCAUCCCUGA